CUGGCGAGACCCCAAUCCCCACCUCUGCACCGCACAGACCCUCUCUCUCUCUCCGCCCCAUCAGCCUCAAUUCUCUCGCCCUUCCCCAUUCCGGCCAACGAACCCUAGCACGGCGGCGAUGGCGUCGGUCCCGCCCGACGACGCGGUGGCCGAGAACGGCCACGAGCACUACGGCAACGGCAACGGCCCGUCCCCGGCGAAGCGCCCGCGCGCGGUGAUCUCGGCGGCCGAGAUCCGCGCCGAGUUCGCGCACCACGACGCCGUCAUGGCGCGCGUCAACAACGGCAGCUUCGGCUGCUGCCCGGCCUCCGUCCUCGCCGCGCAGGCCCGCUGGCAGCGCCUCUUCCUCGCGCAGCCCGACGCCUUCUACUUCCACGGCCUCCAGCAGGGGCUCCUCCGCUCGCGCGCCGCCGUUGCGGACGCCGUCGGCGCCGGGGACGUCUCCGAGGUCUCCCUCGUCGACAACGCCACCACCGCGGCCGCCAUCGUCUUGCAGCACGCCGCGUGGAGCUUCGCCGAGGGCCGAUUCGCGCGCGGGGACGCGGUGCUCAUGCUCCACUACGCGUACGGCGCCGUCAAGAAGUCCAUCCAUGCCUACGUCGCGCGCGCAGGGGCCACCGUUGUCGAGGUGCCCCUUCCGUUCCCCGUCGCGUCGGUCGACGCUAUUAUUGCCGAGUUCCGUGCGGCGCUCGCGGUUGCCAAGGUUGGGGGGCGUAGGGUCCGGCUCGCGGUCAUCGACCACAUCACCUCCAUGCCCAGUGUUGUCAUCCCGGUGAAGGAGCUCGUCGCCAUCUGCCGGGAAGAGGGCGUCGAUAAGGUGUUUGUUGACGCUGCGCACUCUAUUGGGCAAGUCCCUGUGGACGUGCGUGACAUUGGGGCCGAUUUCUACACAAGCAACCUCCACAAGUGGUUCUUUUGCCCACCGGCCGUGGCCUUCUUGCACACCCGCAAGGAUGAUCCGAUAGCCUCCCAGCUCCACCAUCCUGUCGUCUCGCAUGAGUAUGGGAAUGGGCUGCCUAUGGAGAGUGGAUGGAUUGGGACACGCGAUUACAGUGCCCAGCUUGUUGUGUCUGAAGCCAUCGACUUUGUGAACCAAUUUGAGGGUGGGAUUAAGGGGAUAUGCAGCCGGAACCAUGACAAAGUGAUUGAGAUGGGUAGGAUGCUUGCUGAGGCGUGGGGGACGUUUCUUGGCUCGCCACCAGAAUUGUGUGGGAGCAUGGUUAUGGUGGGGAUGCCUGGUUGCCUUGGCAUUGGGAGUGAUGAUGAUGCGAUGCGGGUGAGGACUAUGUUGAGGAAAGAUUUCAAGGUUGAGGUGCCAAUAUACUACAAUUCAAGAAGGGUGGAAGGGCAGGAGAUGGCAAAAGAUAAGAAUGGUGAUCCUGUGAUAGGGUAUGUGCGGAUCUCACACCAGGUGUACAAUGUCAGGGAGGACUACGAGAGACUGAGAGAUGCUGUCAAUAAACUUGUUUCUGAGGGGUUCACCAGCAGCAAGCUGCGGCCUUCUGAGAAGCAAGAAGCUUUGGCGUGAUGACAUUACAGCCACCUUAGCACUCCACAAGAAGAUGCUGUGGCCGACUACUUAGGUGUGGAUCGUGUCACCACAGCCAGUGCUGCAGUGGCAGUGCGAUCCAGCUCCCUCCCCAUGGCAUAGCCAGCCAGUUGAUGUAGUGUACUUUCAGGAACUGACACGUGUUGCAUUUUCCGUUCUGUGUAUGUAACAAUAAUGCCCUGGCGUGUCUUUUCCCUUCCCUUCAUUUUCGAGCCGCUGUAACCUAAGAAUAAUCUGAAUGUAAGGAGAUUGCAGCCGUUGUAGAUUGAUCGCCGGUUACCGAUCAUAUUGAUCAAUGCAUCAAGUGGCAGUGAACUA